AUGUCUUUCGGUAGACAUGCCUACCGGCAUGCUGUUAAGUCACCAACUGCUUUAACCCUCGAUCAUCUGUGGAUAAGUGAUGACUUACUCGCCGCGACCUUCCGUCGCUUCGCCAAUGGCCAGCGACGCCAUGGUAGCUGCGUCCCUGGCCCUUUAGAGGCUCGAAGGCGUCUUGCAAGACGGAGGAAUACAGAUCUGGCCGGUAUUGGAGGUGCUUCGGCUGAGGACAUCGCGUGUUUGUUUGGUCGCAAUGGGAAAGAGCAUAUGAAAUGGACCGACCACUCGUGGCAGAGAACACAUCUCGGUCAAGAUGAUAAUCUUGGUACAUUUGAAGUUCCUCUGUCCUUUUACGAUCACAAUCCCGACUCCAUCAACUCGCAUAUGUUCAGAAACUCCCCACUGACAGUACACGAGUCGAUGCAUCCAACUAAGGACGAAGCAUUCGACCAAUUUCUGCAAAGUGAGGACUGGAAAUUAGACGAUGCUAGAGAUCAUGCUCGUCAGUUAGGAAUUGAUCUCCAACGCGAGCCUGCAUAUAGCCGGCAGAUAUUCAAGUCAUUACUUUCACGCUCCGCGGCAAACCCUACGCAAGUUAUCCGAUUCCUGGAUGACCCAUUUUUGAAUACACGGGGCUCUGGAAAUUAUUUUGCUGCCGUCGAGUGGCUCGUUCAAACAAAAACAAAACGUUCAUACCGAAUUGCCGUACUCAAUGCGGUUAAUCGCGCACUGGAAUUGGGACUGGUGUCAAUGGAUGAAAUUUGCCUGAUUGUGAAAACACUACCAAAUAUCAUCAUUGAGAGAAAAAAGACGCUGGGGACGUGGGAUCAACGUUCAUUAUUGAAACAUUAUCGCGCUCUAUGGAAAGCUAUUGGCACUUGCAAAAUUCUCGGUUAUCGCGACUUGGACAAAGCAUUUGUGGAUAACUGGCUUGAGCAGCUUCUCAGCAUACGCAGUUUUCGCUUUGCUGCAGAAAUUAUCAUUGAGACGCAUGGUGCAAAAUCUGACAGCCAAUGGCCCUCAGCCUUGAUUUUGACAUGGCUGGAAAAUACGGAUGCGUCUGCUACAGAUAUCACUCUUCCAUGCCCCAGCAUGCUCUUGAACGAGCUCAACGCAGAUUGUGCCGCCAAUUGUAUCAUUGAUGUUACCGAGCGGCUGGUCUUUUCUCAUGAAGGGACAGAAGGCCGGAACCAACUUCUUGAGCUGUGGCGAGAUUGUUUAUUGAAGGUGACAAAUCCCUCCAUUGGAGCUGCUCAAGUGUGGUCAUAUACAUCCAUUCCCUCUCUCGAAUCUUCACGACAAACUACCAACUCCAUGAGUCAGUUAACACAAGACUUGAUAAUAUUGCGCAUAUGGUGCCUGCGCUCUCUAUGUCGAGCCUCAGGCCCUAUGUACAACCAGAGCCCUAGGACAACUGAUCGUCCAAUUCUGUCCCUUCUCAACCUCUACGAAGAAACAACCCAGAAGAAGAAUGGGUCCUUUCUCGCAGAUUUCAUGUGUGGAAUUCACAAUCUAGAUCUUCCAUAUAAUCAUCUUCUUCUGCUGGCGGUUGACCUCAAGCUGAAGAAACUAAUCACAAAAACAACCCGCAAAACCCUCGAGCGACUUGAAACCGCACAGACAUCCCUGGAGGAUGUCUGGGCAAACCCAUCAAACUAUAAAGGGAUCCGAGUCUUGUUCACUGGAAGCUACGAGCAAAUGCUCCGCCGCAUAGACCUGACGAGCCCUGCAGCCGCAGAGAACCUUCUCCACCUCGCUAGAACCGGCGACUCAGAAAGUGUCUGGUCGCUCAUUAGACUCCUCCGCAACCAUACACCAAUGAAAAUAUGCCUACACAAAGCCUGGGUGCCCAUUCCCCACCCUGACGAAAAGGUCCUCGUACGCUACCACGCUGGACCCCGGACUAGCGAAUGCCCGGAUCCUCACGAUGCCGUCGAAUUGAUUCAUCAACUGGCAGUUGCUUUCUCCUGCUGCGAGCAAUUGACGCCUUCCAGAUCUUACCACCUCAUCCACUGGCUCUAUGACUAUCUAAGGAGACAUGGUGGCCCUGUGCACCCAUCUUUGGUCAGGGCUAUGUAUCAUGCUGGAGUUGUACGGUAUCGUCGUCAGGGACGUCGUGUGCCCGUUGCUCAGUAUGAGUAUAUCUUAUGGAUUGUUGGGAAGUUUGAAGGGCCUGAUGUCGUUGAGGAUCUUACGGCUGCGCCGCAGAUUGCGGGUGGUCGAACUGAUAAUCGGCCCCGGAACUGUGAGGUCUAG